ACCUCCCCCGACUAUCUUUAUUCCCCUGCGACGACGUCGGAGGGAGCACCUCUGUCUCUCGUCCGAGCGGUACUACUUCUUCCUUCUUCCAAUCCGAUCUCACCUCUCGGAGUGAAACCCUAGAUUUCCGUCCCCGGUCUCUGAUCAAUCGCAGAAGCCACAAAGCCAGCAACUCUCUCGUGCCCUAAUCUGCGAUCCCUAGCCGUCGCUCUCGCUCUCGCUAGCGCCUCCGCCACCCUCUGUUUCCGUUGAUUCCCAUUUUGAUCGGGGGAAUGGCGGUGAUCAACAUGGCGGCGAAGUAUAAAACGAUGGUCAAGGAGCCUGGGAUUCCAGGAGUGCUCAAGAUGUCUGAGGAAAAAUUUAUAUUCAUUCCAAACGAUCCUAGAUCAGCAAUGAAGCUUAAUGUGGAUUUUAGAAGUAUUAAAGGUCACAAGUUCAGCAAAGAUGGUUCCAAACAAGCAUUGUUGAAUCUUACACAAGAUUCUGAGAAGGGUGGAGGCUACAUAUUUGAGUUUGACAAUUUUUCUAACCGCAAUGUUUGCCGAGAUUUUGUAGGAAAAGUUCUAGGGAAGUUUCAGGCUUUGAUGUCCUCUAAACAAAAUGAGCAACCAGUGCCUGAAAAACCUGCUGCUGCAAUUCAUGGUGAACAACUUAGCACCACAGAGAUGGAGCACCGAAUGAAAUUGUUGAGAGAGGAUAGUGAAUUGCAGAAACUGCACAAGCAAUUUGUCAUUGGUGGUGUGUUAACAGAAUCUGAGUUUUGGGCAACAAGGAAGAGUUUACUUGAUGAUGAUGCUCAGAGAACAUCAAAGCAACAAGCAGGAUUCAAAAGUGCUAUGCUCGCAGAUGUUAGGCCACUGACUGACGGUCGGACCAACAAAGUCACCUUUAGCCUUACCCCAGAGAUUAUUCACCAGAUUUUUGCUGAAAAGCCUGCUGUUCAUCGGGCAUUUCUGAAUUUCGUCCCAAGCAAAAUGACAGAAAAGGAUUUCUGGACAAAAUACUGUCGAGCGGAAUACCUUCACAGGACAAAAAAUUCUGUAGCUGCUGCAGCAGAAGCAGCCAAUGAUGAGGAACUUGCUGUAUUUCUAAAGAAUGAUGACAUAUUGGCCAAUGAAGCCCGCCGUAAGAUUAGACGGGUUGAUCCAACAUUAGAUAUGGAAGCUGAUUUAGGGGAUGACUACAUCCAUCUUCCUGAUCAUGGACUUCCUCAGGAUGGUAGUAAGGAGACUGCUGAUGCUGAGAAUGACAUAGCUAGGAGGACCCUCUCACAGGAUCUUAAUCGGCAUGCAGCUGUUGUUCUUGAAGGAAGGGCAUUAGAUGUGGAGUUGGGAGACACACGGACGGUAGCUGAAGCACUUGCAAGGUCCAAACGGGCGGUGUCGUUUGCUGAAACCUCAGAUGAGAAGACAAACCAAGAACGAUUGAAGAGGGUUUCUCGAAUGACUGAGAUUGAGGAUCUCCAGGCUCCUUAUAGCCUCCCAUAUGCACCACUCUGCAUCAAGGAUCCACGGGAGUACUUUGAUUUGCAACAAGCCAAUGCUCUCAAAGCUUUCGGAGAUACUGAUGCUGGAACCAAACCCAUUGAUUGCAGCCUAAGCACUGAGGAGGCAUACGUUCAUUUGAUGGAGCAGAUUUCUGAGAUGAAAGUCCGAGGGUUGAAUAAUCCAGUUGUUCAACCUGAAGCAGCUCUCAAGGUUCUUAAUGGGUUGAAUCAGUAUCUUUCGAGUACUAAAUAUCAUCUUGGAAAGAACCCUCAGGAGAGUGUCCUGGAUAGGCUGCCAAACAGGACUAAAGAUGAACUUAUGCAUCACUGGACAUCCAUUCAGGAGUUGCUACGACAUUUCUGGUCAUCAUAUCCUAUUACAACUGCCUACCUCUAUAACAAGGUUUUAAGAUUGAAGGAUGCUAUGGCACAGAUCUAUCAUAAGCUACAGGAGACAAAGGAAUCUGUUCAGUCAGAUUUCCGGCAUCAAGUUUCUCGCCUAGUUCAGCCCAUGCUCCAGGCCUUGGAUGCUGCCUUUGCUCACUAUGACACGGAACAGCAGAAGCGGUAUAAUAAAAGCGGCAAUAAACCAAAUGGAUUUGUCCAAUAAGCUUGCAAUUUUAUAUUAUUAUAUGUACAUGUGAUUAAAUUUUUGAUGAUGAUAAAGUUUUUUAUUCACUAAAUUUCCAAUGCUAGAGCUGGCAUGCCUGCCUGCUUCUCAUCCGCCUUUAAACUUCAUUCCAAUUCUGUAUCGGGCUUUUCAUAUGUAUUUCAGGGUCGUGAGCUUUCAUCCUUCUCAUUUGGAAGUCUAAAUCUAAAGUUCAUAUGAUCUCGUUGGAGAGACUUUACCUGUGAAAUCUUUAUGCAAGACUGAAAAAUACUGUAUUUUUGUAGCCUUCUAUUCAUCUAUUCAAACGGGCAUACUUGCGUGGCAGCAGUGCUGUUCAGGUGAA